GUAGGCUGUCAGGGUUGAAGGGGCGUGUCCCCGGUGCUAGGCGCGGUAUGAUAGGCUGCUUAGCGGGAGGGGGUGACUCCCGGCGGCAGCAGCCUCCAGGGGCUGAGGUCCGUCUCGGCGGUAGCGGCGGAAGUCUCGCGAGGGAGCGUAGCCGGGAUUUGGCGGCUGGCUGCCUCCCUCUCGCUGGCUGCGAGGAGCUGCCUGGUGUUUGUGUGGAAGGGGGAGGAGGAGAAGGAAGGGAAGCGAGAGGAGCCCGAGCCCCGUCUCCUGCCCGCCGAGGGGAGCGGACCGGACCCCCCGCCCGCUCGUCCCCUCCCUCGCCCCGCCAUGGCCUCGGGAGACACCCUGUACAUCGCCACGGACGGCUCGGAGAUGCCGGCCGAGAUCGUGGAGCUGCACGAGAUCGAGGUGGAGACCAUCCCGGUGGAGACCAUCGAGACGACCGUGGUGGGCGGCGAGGAGGACGAGGACGAGGAGGACGAGGAUGAAUGCUGCGAGGAGUGCGGCCCGCACCACCCGCCCCAUCACUAUCACCACCACCACCAGCCCAUGAUCGCGCUGCAGCCGCUCGUCUCGGACGGAGACCCCAGCGGAGCAGGCGGCGGCGCGGGUGGCGGCGGCGGGGGGCAGCUCCACCUGCACCAUCACCAGGAGGUGAUCCUGGUGCAGACCCGCGAGGAGGUGGUGGGGGGAGACGACUCGGACGGGCUGCGGGCCGACGACGGUUUCGAGGACCAGAUCCUCAUCCCGGUGCCGGCCCCCGCCGGGGAGGACGAGUAUAUCGAGCAGACCCUGGUCACCGUGGCCGCCGCCGGUAGCAAGAGUGGUGGGGGUGGCGGCUCGUCCUCGGCCGGAGGCCGCGUCAAGAAGGGCGGCAGCGGAAAGAAGAGCAGCAAGAAGAGUUACCUGAGCGGGGGAGGCGGCGGUGGGGCCGAAGGCGGCGGAGGCAGGAAAUGGGAGCAGAAGCAGGUGCAGAUCAAGACCCUGGAGGGGGAGUUCUCGGUCACCAUGUGGGCCUCGGAUGAUAAAAAAGACAUCGACCAUGAAACAGUGGUGGAAGAACAGAUCAUUGGCGAGAACUCUCCACCUGAUUACUCAGAGUACAUGACAGGAAAGAAACUUCCUCCUGGAGGAAUACCUGGCAUUGACCUUUCAGACCCCAAGCAGCUAGCUGAAUUUGCUAGAAUGAAGCCACGAAAAAUUAAAGAAGAUGAUGCUCCAAGAACGAUAGCAUGUCCUCACAAAGGCUGCACAAAAAUGUUCAGGGACAACUCUGCUAUGAGGAAGCAUCUUCACACUCAUGGUCCUCGAGUACACGUAUGUGCAGAAUGCGGCAAGGCCUUUGUGGAGAGUUCCAAGCUAAAGCGACAUCAGCUAGUUCAUACUGGAGAGAAGCCCUUUCAGUGCACGUUUGAAGGAUGUGGAAAGCGAUUUUCACUGGACUUCAAUUUACGCACACAUGUGCGAAUUCACACUGGCGACAGGCCCUAUGUGUGCCCGUUUGACGGCUGUAAUAAGAAGUUCGCUCAAUCAACUAACCUGAAAUCUCACAUCUUAACACAUGCUAAGGCCAAAAACAACCAGUGAAAGUAAGCGAGAAGAAAGCUCUUGAACUCUCAAAGCAUCUUACAGGAGUAUGGGAAUAAAUAUGCCUCCCCUUUGUAUAUUGUUUCUAGGAAAGAAUUUUAAAAAAAGAACCCUACCCACCUAAAGGACAUGUUUUGAUAAAGUAGUUAAAUAAAUAAAAACUUUAAGAUGACGUUGCUAAGAUGCUCUACCUUGCUCUGUAAUCCAGUUUCAAGAACACGGUGUUUUGUAAAGUGUGCUCCCAACAGGAGGGGACAAUUGAUGAACUUGCAUCAAAAAGACAAUUCUUUAUACAACAGUGCUAAAAUUGGACUUCUUUUCACAUUCUUAUAAAUAUGAAGCUCACCUGUUGCUUACAAUUUUUUUAAUUUUGUAUUUUCCAAGUGUGCAUAUUGUACACUUUUUGGGGAUAUGCUUAGUAAUGCUAUGUGUGAUUUUUCUGGAGGUUGAUAACUUUGCUUGCAGUAGAUUUUCUUUAAAAGAAUGGGCAGUUACAUGCAUACUUCAAAAGUAUUUUCCUGUAAAGAAAAAAGUUAUAUAGGUUUUGUUUGCUAUCUUAAUUUUGGUUGUAUUCUUUGAUGUUAACACAUUUUUGUAUAAUUGUAUCGUAUAGCUGUAAUGAAAUCAUGUAGUACCAAUAUUAGAUGUGAUUUAAUAGUGUUAAUCAAUUUAAACCCAUUUUAGUCACUUUUUUUGGAAAAAUACUGCCAGAUGCUGAUGUUCAGUGUAAUUUCUCUUUGCCUGUUCAGUUACGGAAAGUGGUGCUCAGUUGUAGAAUGUAUUGUACAGGCACUGACCUUUUAUUAACACCUGAUAUGUACAUCCCAUGUAAUAGAAAGGACAACAAUAAAACAGUGGUCCUAAAGAAAGAGUAUGGCAGAAGAUGAUCUGUAAGCACAGUCUAUUUUCUUUUUUUGUCCAGAAUAAUUAUAGUUCUUGAACCUCCCAGAAAUUGGAAGCUUAAAUAAAACUCAAGUUUCCUUUACUUUUGCAUUCAAUUACAAUGAUUUUUGAUUAAGUAAUACAUCUGUGGCAAAACAUAAUAUACCGAAGGUGGUAAUUUUAGUCAGAAUUGGUGACAGUAAUCCUGGGUUUGGGAGUGACUUGGACUCCUAUUAACUGGAAUAAUGGAGUUGGAAACAGUAUUUUCAGCACCCACAGCCAGCCAAUCGGUAGAACAACACAGUGUCUAAAUUAAUUGUGCUUAGGGUAAGGAGUGGGUGGAGUGGAGGUGUGUGGGUUCCUGCUUCUUUACUUAGUCACAGUAAAGGUGGGUGAGUGGGGUCAAUGGUGACACCAAAAUAUUGAGCGAACCCUUUGUUUGAUUGGGCUUGCCUUCAGUUUUGGACCAGGUGCAGUAACCGGGAUCCUUGCUUGGAGCAAGGAACAAAGACCAUGAAAAUUUCCAAUAAGUUUUAACGUACACAACAUUCUCUUGAUGGUCUAAUCAGAAGUGAUUUCUAACACUUUGUUACAAAUGUUGAGUAAUAAAUCUGUGUGUACUGUAGUUAACAGUGAAAGAGUGACAAACACAAGAAUAUGCACAAAAAAUGCAUGUUUUAAAAGAAUGGCCAAAAAAAGGCUUAACGUUGUUCUAAACAGUGUCUGAUAGUAAAAUGUUUGUAGACAUCAAUCUCUGCAUCUGUGUUACAAGAAUAUAAUCCAUCAAACUUUACAAGAUUAAAAUUAGGUACCAA